ACUCACCAAGGAGAAAAGAGGGGAGGGAAAGGGAUAAAGCGUCACUGCUUGGAGAGAGAGUCAGGCAGACACUGGGAGCCCAUGGCAGACGGACGAAUAGAGACUAUGCUGUUCUUCCGUUUUCUUGCCCUUUUCAUUCUUGUAUCCUUCUCCUGUGAAAUUGAGGAUAACCAGAUAGCUCAAUCUUGCUGUGGGGCCCCAGGGAUCCCUGGGGUUCCUGGUACACAUGGGAGUGUGGGGACUGCCGGCAGAGAUGGAAGAGAUGGGAGAGAUGGUGCUUCAGGUACAAGUGGUUCAAAGGGAGAACGUGGGGAACCAGGAAUGGCAGGAGCUAGAGGAUUUCCAGGUUCUCAAGGACUUCCUGGUUUGCAAGGUGACAGAGGUGAGCAAGGAGAGUGUGCCGUUUCCCCUCGCUCUGCUUUCAGUGCUAAACUAUCUGAAUCUCGUAGUCCCCCUAUUCCUGGACAACCCGUUCCAUUUGUGAAGGUCUUAGCAAAUGAACAAGGACAUUACAACCCAGAGACUGGUCGAUUUCGCUGUGUUGUGCCUGGACUUUAUUACUUCUCCCUUCAUGGCACAGUCUACCGUGGAGCACUCCACGUGCAGCUGAUGAAGAACGGACAUGCACAGGCCUCAUUUUUUCAGCCAGGAGAUGGAACUAGACCAGGUGGUCUGUGUGGAGGGGCUGCAUUACAUCUGGAGCCGGAGGAUGAAGUCUGGGUCCAGCUAGGAGAGUAUCCAGGGCUAUAUGCAAGUGACGGGACUGAUAGUAUCUUUACUGGAUUCCUAAUUUACUCUGACUGGGACCCACAUCCUAUUUUUAAACCUAUAACCCCUCCUGAUCCAUAAACAAUUUGAUAUGUACAAUUACAAAGUCAAAAACCUCCAUCCAGACAUAUCAUGUCAGGUACAUAUAUUAGCACUCAAUCACAUAACACAACU